UGUACCAAAGUCACUUUACUACUUCAAACUCGUCUGCCAUCUUGUUUCCUAAUGGGGUUGUUCGCUGACCACUGCAGUGCGGGCGUACAUCCUUGAACGCGCAAAAAUAUAAACAUGGAGUCGAAACCAGUAGAGAGUCCAAGUCAUAGAAGGGAAAAGCGUGAACUAAAAAAGGAAGAAAGGCCAAGAACUGCUGAGCGAUCAGAAAAAAGAAAAAAAGAUAGAAAAAGAAGAUAUUCAAGUAGUAGUUCAAGAGAAAGGUCAUCUUCAAGAUCGUCAGAUUCUUCAGAAAAAAGAAAAAAAGAUAGAAAAAGAAGAUAUUCAAGUAGUAGUUCAAGAGAAAGAUCAUCUUCAAGAUCAUCAGAUUCUUCGACAGUUGAACGAAAAAGAAGAAAACAAAAGAAAAAGAAGAUGAGAAAAAAAGAAAAGAAAGAAAAGAGAUCUGGACCCGUUCAACUUUCAAAAUUCAUGAAAGAAAAGACUAUGAGCAGAAGUGCUGUUUCAGGGAAAAAGAUCAAAAUGAAAGUUAAAAAAUCCAGUCAUGAUAAAAAGAUGGAGAAAAAAAGGAAGGAUUUACUGUCAUUUUUGAACCAAACCAUGUAAAUUGUAUAUAUUUAUUUAGUAUAAACAUACUAAUGGUCUAUCACUCAUACUGCGCUGUGAUUGGCUACUCUACUGAUGGUCUAAUUUGUGAUAGACCACU